AUGGUUCCUUCCGCCUCCGGCCAGACGCGACCAAGCUACCACAUCACACCGGAAACAAAAUGGAUGAAUGACCCCCAACGCCCAAUUUACGUGGGGGAUGAAUGGCAUCUCUAUUACCUCUGGAAUUCCGAUUGGAUAAGCUCCGACCCCGGCACGGGUGGGACAGAAUGGUACCAUAUGACAAGCCCCGAUAUGGUGCAAUGGACUCAUCAGGGUGUGGCUAUUCAGAAGUAUCAACCCAACUCUGUCAGCGACGUGGAUCUAGGCGACAUUGAAACUGGAAGCUCUGUGGUUGAUGUGAACAACACGGCCGGCUUCGGUGAGAAUGCUGUUGUUGCUAUCCUUACUCAGAUGGGAGACGGUGUUCAGCAGCAGUCGCUAUUUUAUUCCACCGACAUGGGAUACACGUUUACUUCAUUCGAGGGAAAUCCCGUGAUGCCCAACCCGGACGCAGACAAUAAACCAGCCUUUCGAGAUCCCAAAAUCUUCUGGGACGACGACACAGAACAGUGGGUUACUGUGAUGGCAGAAGGAACCUAUAUUGGUUUCUAUACAUCAGUGGACCUCAAGACUUGGACAUUCGUCUCGACCUUUUCUCCAGUGGCCUCUGGUGUCGACUUGGGUACUCUUGAGUGCCCAGAUUUAUUCCAGCUCAACCUUGACGGCGACGCAGCGGCACGUGGCUGGGUCCUCGCUGUCGGUGCGAAUGGGUACAAUUAUGGAAAGACAACAGGUACCGCCUAUUGGUCUGGAACAUGGGAUGGCACCAAUUUUACACCCACGACCAGCGUUCCACAGUGGUUAGAUGAAGGUCCGGACUUCUACGCCACUGUCAGCUGGGAAAAUCCAGACGACAAAUUUGGAAGCCGCUAUGCUAUUGGCUGGAUGAAUAGCUGGAAUUAUGCUUCCUAUCUGCCCUACUACGGAGACUUCGAGGGCCAGCAAAGUUUAGCGCGGGAGAUCAAGUAUCAGACAAUCAAUGGGACUCCCAUGUUAGUCAGCCUUCCAGUCUCAGGCUAUGCAGACUUAUUUGCUGGCCCUGUCUCCGCUGAUGGGACUGAAAUAACAACAGACCCGGCAACGGCAUCGCUUCCUGCUGAUCUCGCUGGGGGUGCAUAUGUUAUUCAAGCAACGGUGUCUAAGGCCGAUGGUGAUGAUGGCAACACGGUUUACUUCCGGAUCAAGUCCGAUGGAACCUACAACACAACAGUUGGUUACGACUUCGCCAAUUCCCAGCUCUUCCUGGUUAGGGACUCUGACGGCUCCGCUUCGGAUGUUUUGACAUCGGAUGCCAAACAGACUUGGGACGUGACACGGACUGCGACAAAUCCUGCAGGUGGGGACACGGUCCAGCUUACAAUUUACGUCGAUUGGAACUCGGUUGAGACGUUUGUGAACGGUGGUGUUGCAGCGUUGUCGGCCCUAAUCUACCCGAAUCAAGAUGCGGAGGAUAUUGAGGUCGUAUCGGACUCGGGAAAGUUGACUUUGACUUCAUUUUCUUAUGCUGGCUUUCAGGUAUAA